AAAGCCAGGUGUGUACUGACCAACCAUUCAUACUGGGAUAUAGACAGUCCUGUGUUCUGCUUUAGUAAUAUAAACACAGACUCUAAGCCAGGUGUGUACUGACCAACCAUUCAUACUGGGAUAUAGACAGUCCUGUGUUCUGCUUUAGUAAUAUUAACACAGUCUCAAAGCCAGGUGUGUACUGACCAACCAUUCAUACUUGGAUAUAGACAGUCCUGUGUUCUGCUUGGAGGCAUGCAGGACUUUAGCUGUUGUCAUAUUUUGUCAUUAGACAUUUUAAUUGAUAAAUCCCCAGCAUUCCAUGUAACAUUGAAUAAAUAUAUUUGAUGAGUUACUUUGGUAAUGGGCCAGUUUCCCAGACACAUUAAGUCUAGUCCUGGACCUUAAAGAACUUUCUAUUGAAACUUCCAUUGAGCAUGCUUUUUAGUCCAGCACUAGACUCAAUCUGUGUCCAGGAAACAGGCCCCAUAUGUAUUACUGACAUGCUUGUCCUUGUUCAGGACUCCACACACUGGCUUCAGAUUGAACCCUUGACUUCCACUGUCCAGGGAGUGACGAUGUUCAGACACAGGACACCCAAAGGGAGUUAUGAGUGCACAGUGUCUGGGCUCCGCUGGCUGUGUGAGAGAGAUGUCAUUCUGAAGUAUCACUUCAGGAACUGGGAACCCUACAGUCAACUUCUGAAAGACAUGCAGUACACACAAGGUGGUCCAUUGCUGGACAUCACUAUGGAGUUAGGUGAACUGGAGGAAGUUCAUCUGCCACACUUUGUCUGUUUAGGGACCAACCCUUCCCUGAGGAAUGAGAUGAAGAUUCUUCAUGUAGAGGAACAUGGAGUGUCUUUAGAGGAAGUGCAUGAGGUCACCAGAUUCCAUGUUAAGAUUCUCCAUCCCAAGUUCUCAGCUAUCUCUGUUAUAUGGAAAUCACUGUCUCGUAAGAAAGAUGUCCACUGUGACGUGGUCCUCUACAUGGCAGUAAAAAAGUCAACAGUCAUUUCAAGGCUGUACCUGCUCCUCAGAAACUCCAGUCAGAAAGAGGCUGUUCAGGAACGGGAGAAAAAUCAGGUGUCCAAAGGAUUUUCAGAAUUCGUCCUGUCAAGUCCAAACGGGUCCUUAAAGCUGAACAGUUGGUUUGCGUUCAAGAAUCCCCGCUCCACGUCCAUCAAUCCAGAGAAGAUUCAGCUGUUACCUGCAGACACCACACCAAGCUGUUGUCAGAUGAUAAUGGGAAACACAGGGGUGGACAUUGAGAUGGAGUUAAUCGGGGAUGAUGAGAGGACAGUAUGGAAAUCAGUGGUAUCAAAAGAUGUGUACAGCAACGACUCUCAUCCACCAUCAUUAAUACUCCUUGGGAUUCCUGCUGAGGAGUUUCUUCAGAAACACAGGGCUGAACUCAUUCAGGGAGUCAAAAACCCAAAGCCAAUAGCAGAUGUUCUGCGGUCAAAGUACAUGAUUGGUGAUGAAGAGUACUCCAGAAUAACAUCUGAAACAACUGAACAGGAGCGAAUGAGAGAACUACUGAACGCAGUCCUCCCUAAAGGACCAGAAGUGAUGGGAGCUUGUCUCAAAGCUCUCAGUGAACAUGAACACCAUCUUGUUAAGUACUUGAGUGAAUCUAGCACCUAAUCUGAAGAUGCUGAGGCCUGUCUCCUAGUCUGUGGACAAAGACACUUCUCCACCUAA